AAGGACACUUCUGAGACAUUGGGCAGAACUGAUUCUGUAUGUUUACUGCCACGUUAAUGUGCUCGUCUGCUGAACGGUUUACAAGGAAUUGAGCAAACACGAGAAGCAACACUUAUCUUUAAACCAAAUGGCCACUCUUGUUCCUACGAAGCCCUCAGCCCUAUCUGGACCAGCUCAGACCUCCAUCGCACCCGCCUCCCCUUCCACAGCAUCCCUGCCCCUGUCCCAUCAGAUCGGCAUUGCUAUCCUGGUCAUUGCCUUCGUGUUUGGUUUUCCCGGGAACCUGUUUGUGGUGUGGUCGGUUCUGUGUCGAGUGCGUCGGCGCUCUGUCACGUGUCUGCUGAUCCUGAAUCUGGCCGUGGCAGACGCACUGGUUCUCCUGAGUGCUCCGCUGUUCCUCCGGUACCUGAUAGGAAGGAGAGGCUGGGAGUUUGGAGCAGCCCUGUGUAAGACGGUCCAUUACCUGUGCUGCGUCAACAUGUACGCCUCCAUCUACCUGAUCUGCCUGAUGAGCAUGGACCGCUGGCUGGCCGUCACAAAGCCGUUUCUGUCUCAGAGGUUGAGGACUAAGAAAAGGCUCCUGUCCGUCAUGUUGGGGAUCUGGGUGAUGGCUUUUCUGAUGGCUUUGCCCAUGCCGUUCUAUCGUUCCGUGUUGCCAGUCUCUACGAAUGUGUCCAUCUACCUGUGUAAGCCGUACCACUGGGAGAGCAACGCUCAUGAAACCUUUCAGUACCUGAUUGAGACUAUCCUGGGUUUCCUGCUGCCCUUCAGCUUCAUCCUGUUCCGCUACAUCUCAGUGAUCCGUCGGCUGCGUAGCGCCAUGUUCCAGCGCAAAGGAAGAGGAAACGCCCUCAUCCUCCUCAUCAUCGCUGCGUUUACCAUCUUCUGGCUGCCGUAUCACCUCAUCAACAUCCUGCAGGUGAUUGGUCUGAUGCAGGGCUCCUCCUCUCCUAUUUUAACAGCGGCAAUAGUGGCGCGUCCCAACGUGACGGCAUUCACCUUCCUUAGCAGCAGCGUGAACCCCAUCCUGUACGUGUUUGCCGGCAGCUCUCACAUCCGUCAGGCUGGUCUGGGCUUCAUGGCCAAACUCUUUGAGGGAACCAACUCGGAGUCGGCCUCCACCCGCAGCAGUCGCGGUUCUAAUGCAGAGAGCUCCGUUUUCACCAAGCUGUCCGUCAAGCUGAGUCGUAAAGGGGACGGAGCGAGAGCCGAGACCCCUGGUGGUGAAGACGAGAACACAGCAGACGUGCACAACAGAGAUGAGAUGAAGACUCUCACCACCCUGCAUUAAAGUGCUCAUAUCGUGCAUGUAUUCCCCUGAGGUCCAUUUAUAAUGUUACUAAAUGUUGUUGGACUCUCAUUAUCGCAACUGAAAUAAUAAUAUCACUGCUCCGGGUGUGUGUUCACGGUGU